CGAAUAGCGGCUCCUAGAGCCAAACCACAUUUUACACAUUCAGGAACUGUCUCUGGUAAAGUGUCGCUGAUACUAACACAGGAUAAAUAAUAUUGUGCUGUCUUGGUCAUUGUUUUCAAAUCGAAGAAGUUUAAAUGGUCCGUCAAGAAACCAAACGCCUUAAUUUGACCUUAGAGCAAUAAUUUCCUUAUGUUUUAUUUUAAAUAUUGUGAAAAUGAUAAGGGUCUUUCUUCUUUGAAAUAAGACGAACACAAUUCCGAUUAAAUCGACGGAGAACUCACUUGACAUGCACUUCACGGACUUCCACGGAGUACAGUAACAUAAGAUAACGCUUGGGGUGUGGUUGUGAGAGAUCAGAAAGAAAAAAGAAAAAAACAAUUUUCCAUUUAUGCAUAUAGCCUGUGGGAUGACCAGGUGGUAAACUACAUCUCUUCACCUGUUGAUUACACAUGGGGAGUGAGCCAGUGUCAGUUUCAAUAGUCUGGCCUGUGGAGAGCAAUCCCACCCACCCACACAACGUGAAAUCCACACCCCCUCAGGGGUGCAGUGAGGGAGACAAAAACACCAUUGUGCAGUUAGAGGGAUGGAGGACAGGAGGCACCUGCCUCCAGAUGGAGGUGGCAAUCUCAAGCGCUCCGCCUCGGCAGAGUGCAACAUGGAGGAUAAAGCGGUCAGGAAGGAGCAGGGUGACCCAGAGACCUCGACACAAAUGCGUGUGAGGAAAGACGAUCUCUGUGAUGUUCCUCGCAAGGUGCCUCGUUUCCAGUAUGUGGAUUUCCCUUCCCUGCACCAGUGCAUCCAACAGCUUUCUGUGCCUCCGCUGAAUGGUUGGCUGGGAUCUUGCUCGUUGGCAAAGGCAGCAAACUAUAGGCCCGCCAGUCCUAAAGAAAAGGUGCCCAAGUUUAAAUAUGUGGACUACCCAUCUCUCCACCACUGCAUUCAGCAGCUGUCCGUGCCUCCGUUAGAAAGCUGGAGUGCAGGGCUGGUCAGCUUUAAUGCAGAGGAGAGACAGGAGGGGUCUGGAUUGCAGAAGAGGCCCUCUCAACCAGGGACUGUGAGGAAGAACCAGAGGAAUGAGGCAGGAGAUAAAAACAACGAGGACAGGAGUAGAGUUACAUCACUUCCUUUCCCAAGAGACACACACACCUCAGUCUCAGGCAAGCAGGAGAGACCUCAACACGACUACACCUUAGAGGUGCCACAAAAGUCCUGUGCUAUGAAACCAGAAGCUGGUUUGCGAUCAGGUUGUGGCUCCAGGUUAGAAUCUGGCUCUGGAUCUCAGAGCAACACAGCGGUGGUGAGAAAUGACAGGCCGUCAGUUAUUAGCAUGGUGCACACGGAUAGGCAGAAGCACUGGACAAAGGCAGAUCACCUGGAAGAACAAUUGAACUCUCCAGAAUCAGUCGGACGGGUACCUUGGAAUACCCUCCCAGAGUCAGUCUGCCCAUUCUGCCAACAGAUGUUCACAAACCCCGAGCAGUUCAGGGCUCACCAGAGGAGCCAUAAAGAUAAGAGACCAAAUUGAUGUGCAGAAGUACUGAGUGACAGCUGCCUUUGCAAACAGUUAAUGCCACAUCAUAUGGAAUCUCAUCAUCAGAGGCCUUCUUGUGACUGCCUUUAGUGGGGCUCGCUGGCAGGACUAUAGGGAGAUCAAAGACACUCUAAACACAUUAGACAGUUUGGGUUCAGACCUUAGGGAGAAUGCAAGCCUUUGUCUUGAUUUAUGGUGUGAAGUCUAAAAAGGCAGAAACUGACAGACAGAAGCACAAGCAUACAAGAUGCAUGCUUGUUUGCACACACACCUAGGCGACUUGCAAUGAUGCUGACACACACAGACACACACAAAGAGAGAGAGAGAGUCUUAUUCAUGAUUUAGAACAGGUCAGUAUUUACUUCCCCACAAGGACCAUCAGACAUAAUGGGGUUUCAGCUCAAGACAGGAGAUUAGAACCAGAUUUGUAGUCUCUUCCACACAUAUAUCAGUGUGUUUAAAGGGGUGGGUGAAGCUCGAUGAACUGGUACAUAAGAGGAUGAAUUUUAUUACAUAUGUGUUCCCCACACUGUGUGCAUGGUGGCAGGCUAAAUAUUUAGCUUUUGGUGCCUACAAAAUAAUGGCUAUUGUUAAUAAUGCACAAACAAACAGGCUUGUUAAUGAUUUGUUACAUUAGCUUUUUAUUGUUUUGUAUUUUUUUAUGUUUUUGGAAAUUAAUGUCUAUAGUGGCUUUGAGCUGGUAGCUUUAAAUAUAUAUAAAAAAAAAAAUGUACUGCUUGUUUUCAAGUGUUUAGCUGUGUGAGUAAAAAAAUUUCAUACAGAAA